GUGUGAUGGGAACACUGGAAAAUUUACAGCAUCACAUAAAAAGCAGCAUAAUUAUUUUCUGCUACUUUACGACGAAUUCUAAUUUAUUUGUGUGCAAAUUAAAUAGAUACAAUUGAAAGUAAUAAAGCUGUGAUAUAUAUUCUACUACGGGGUGAUAAAUUAGUGGGUGUUUCAAGUGAAAAAGCUGAAAAAAACAAACGGGCAUAACCUCAAAAAUGGCGAAAAAGUAUGGAUUAAUUGUCCCCAGUAAGGGAGAUAAGAAGGGCCCUGUUGCCAAUUUCUCAAGACCAUCUGUUUUUGGAAGUGACACAGACUCCGACGAGGAAGAUCGUCCGGGAAGAGCGGGUUUUCUCGGCCCGGGUGACAGUCAGAAGCGUCAGGCGAGAUUAAUUCAGGAAAAAGCUCUGCAGGAAGAUCCCACAGUCUUUCAGUACGAUGAACUUUACGAUGAAAUUGAGAAUAAGAGGCAGGAAGCAAAGAAAUCCAAGAGUACGGAGGAGAAGAAGCCAAAAUACAUAAAGAAGCUGCUGGAGACAGCUGAAAAGCGCAAGAAGGAAUACGAGAGGCGCAUAGAGAGGCAGGUGCAGAAAGAGAGAGAUGAGGAAGGGGAGAAAUUCAAAGACAAGGAAUCCUUUGUCACAUCAGCGUACAAGCAGAAGCUGGAGGAAAUGCGAAAGGCUGAAGAGGAAGAAAAGCGGGAAGCCUACCUGGAAGCUAUUGGGGAUGUGACAAAGCAGAGGGACUUGGAUGGGUUCUACAGGCAUAUUUAUGAACAAAAAAUGGGCAAGGAAUCUCCAAAAGAAGAUGAAGAUGUUGAAAAAAUCACCGAAAAAGGGAUAAAAACUCCGGAAAAAAUGGAGAAGAAGGAAAGAACGUAUCGGAAGAGAAAAGCUUCAGCUGAUGAAGCUGAACCGGAGGCUGAAGAAUCUGCUGUGACCAAGAAAGCUCAUCUUCAAUCCAAUAUUGAUGCAGAUUCUGACUUCAGCAUUGAUUCCUCUUCAGAUUCCGAGGAGGAGGAAAAGGAAGAUAAAGUUAAGGAAUCACAGAAAGAUAAAACACAAGAAGUUGGAGAAGUUAAAAAGGAGCCCGAGGAAAACCUGGACAGCAAAGAAAACAUCCCAAAGGAUGCAGAAAAUGACGAAAAACAGUUAAAAGAUGCCAAGGAUUCUAAAGAAAAGAAAUCCAAGGAUGCGGAAGAAAAGCCCAAAGCUAAGAAGGAGCAAGUGGUGAAAAUCAACAUCUGGGAAAAGCGAACAGUGGGAAAAGUCCUUGAAGAUGCUCUGCAGAGGUAUUAUGAAAGAAAAGCAGCCCGAUCCGGAGGAUAAACUUUACACAGAUCAACCAUUUGUGAGGUUAUGACGAUGGAAUUUGUGAAUCAAGAGCAACUCACCUAUUUAUGGAGAAACUUAAUUGAUAAAACACUUCAAUUGACAAUUAAAUGAACCAUUGAUAAGAUAUUUCAUGUAAUAAAUUGAAUUUAGAGCUGAAAA